UGCUUGUGGUUCAAUGUAGAGGCGAGUAGUCGCCCCUUCAGGCUGGGUUGAGUUGUGAACCUUGUGUAUUGGGGGUGAAGGAUCUUAAGUCUGUCAUUGAGAGAGGCGGCGAGAUCAAACUCCCCGUGCCGAGCUAUAAGAGGCGGGCGGAUACUCUGAGUCGCCAGUUUCUCCAACUGCCCAGCAGCCGGCACUGACAGCGGCUCCACGAUCCGUUCCAGAUGGUUUCCCUCCUCGUCCUCCUCCUGAUCUCCGCCCCACUUCUUGAGGCCGCCGUUUGGCCCGGGGUGCCGGGGCAGGAGCGGGAUACCCUCCGCCGCUUCCUGGACAGAGCUCAGGCCGUCCCCGCUGAGCGAGGGCCAGCGAGCCCGGCCAUCAGACCCCUCUAUCCCUUCUACAUGAUCCAACUGUACAAGGCGGUGACUGGCAGAGGCGGCAGAGACCUCUCUGCCCAGGACCAAACGGCGGUUCAAGAAGCAGACGAGGUGAUCAGUCUGGUGGCCAAGGCUUGGAAUCACAGCGGAGAUGGUUGGGUUAUCGAUUUUGACAUGACCUCCAUUUUGGCCCACGAGACGGUGCAGUUUGCCGAGCUGAGGGUUCGUCCGCCCCUGUCUUCCGCCUGCCAAAACACCACGGUGACCAUCAGCCACAGCCGCGGCUACAAGUGCGACGGCAACGCAACUUGCCGCGACCGCUCGGCUCUCGGCUCCUUCGUGGCCAACCCCGCCGGCUCCAGGUCGGGCUGGCAGAUCUUCAACGUCACGGGCCUCCUCAACAACUGGCUGAGCCCAACGUCACUGGAGGCACCCUGGCACUGGGACGCUCGCCACCCUCCCGCCGAAGGGUGCCAGAAGGCCGGGGAGUGGCGGCAGCGCCCGCCGGCAAAGCCCGGCAAACCGGGGGCCACUGACGGCCGGAGGAAGCCACCCCAGCGCGGCGCCGAGCAGAUCAUGAUGGUGGUGUUCCUCAAGACCAACAGCACCGGGUUUGGAGGAGCCACCUCCACUCUGCUCAGCACGGUUCAGCGCUCACAGUAUCGACUCAGCGCCAAGAGCAAGGAGGACACGGCCACCAAGAGGCAAAAGAGGAACAGGAUGGAAAGGCUGAACAGAGGCAACAGCACCAUGGAGCUGAGGAGGGGCCAGUCCUUGUGUCGGAGGAUGGACAUGGAAGUCAACUUCGACCAGAUAGGAUGGGGCAAAUGGGUCAUUUACCCCAAAACCUUCAAUGCCUACCGGUGUGGCGGGGAAUGCCCAUCACCAGUGGAUGAGACUUUCAUGCCAACUAACCAUGCGUACAUGCAGAGUUUGCUGAAGUCCAUCAACCCAGAGCGAGUGCCCUGCACAUUGUGUGUCCCCAUCAAGAUGAGCCCCUUGUCAAUGCUGUACUACAAGGAUCAAGAGGUGGUACUGAGUCACCACAAGGAUAUGAUUGUGGAGCAGUGCGGCUGUCACUAGCGAAGAUGUACAAAACACCGUCUGAUGUUUUAAAAUUAUGUCAUGUAAAUAACGAAAUGCACUAUAUAGUCUACGAAAUAUAUUUUUGUAUAAACCCAAUAAAUGUGAUGUGAAAUAUCUUUAUUGUGCUGAGUAGAAAUAUGGUACAGCAAUAUAUUAGAAUGGGAUCCUAAAAAAGACAAUAAGAGUUGGGCCAUUCAGCCCAUUGAGUCUGCCUUGCCAUUUAGUUAUCAGCAUCAUCAUCAUUGAUGAACACAUCAACGGGCACGGUGCCUUACAAUGCUAUGUACGACAGCGAUCGCAACUUCUACUGAAGUGUGGAUGGCCGUUGGCUCGCUAGGAGCUCAUCCGCCCUUUGACAGGUCUUAGUUUUGGUCCUGCUGGGGGUCCACAGCCCCCUCCUCACCUGGCAAACCAGGUGGGAGAGAUGGUUUAGUUGCCGACUAUACGACCAUGGAGCAGGUAGCACGGGAUUACAUGGUACCCGUGGCG